AUGGGUAGCCGCACAAAAAAUCCCAAUUUGCCUGAAGAUAUUGUUAACUCCGUCCUCUUAAAGCUUCCUGUGAAAUACCUUUUACGGUUUAAAAGUUGCUGCAAAUCAUGGUGUUGUUCCAUCGCUGACACCGAGUUUAUGAGGUUGCAUCUACAUAAGUCAUCUACUGAUAUUAGUCGUCAAAAAUUUCUCUUUUUUAUUGUUGUUGAAGGAAAGAUACGUCACAAUUUUUCGUUUAAAGUCCUAUCAACGGAAGCAUCAAUUAGUGCUGAUUCCAAAGUUGUAUCGCUGGAUCAGCCCAAUAUCCCAGGACUCUAUAGUAAAGUUCAUUAUUUACAAGUGUGUUCGUGCAGUGGCUUGGUCUUUAUUUACCAUCUUGGCGACAGUAUGAUAUUAUGGAAUCCUGCAAUUCGAAAAUACAAAAUGAUUCCAAAGCCUCAUCUGUCACAACAGCAACCUGGUUUGGUUAUGCAUUCAACUUUUGGUCUUGCUUAUGAUUUUUUGGCCGAGGAUUACAAGAUCUUGUGUAUACAUGAUCUCAGUAAGACGUAUCCACGUUACUUUGUUGAAAUAUACUCGGUUAAAAAUCAAUCUUGGAGGACAAUUGACAAUAUUUUUCCCGUUCCCACUGAUUUUCCAUUGAGCUUGCUCAACGAUCCAAUUUCAUUAAACGGUGCCAUUUACAUAAUGGCAAUUUCAGGUAAAGGCAACGGAGCGGAAUUUGAACACUCGGUUAUAUCCUUCGACCUAUCAGAUGAAAAAUCUAUUGUAACGCCAGUCCCAAGUGAAUGUGGGAAACAUUUGAAAUUACAUGCUUUUGGUGAUCGCAUCUGUUUAAUGGGGACUGUUGGCAAGGAAAUUUCGAUUUGGUCACUCGAGAAAGACGGGAAAACCUGGAAUAACAUAACGAAGUUUCCUGUUUUAGGCACAGUGAUCGCAAAGCGUCUGUACUCAGGUGACGCCAUAUUUGUUAAGGGGUACAGAAACAUAGGUGACAUCAUGUGUAUUAAGAAGAACGGAAAUGUAUUAUGGAGAAAGCAUGGUGAUCGAUUUAUUGAGUACAAUGCACUGAAAAAUGAAUACACUGAAUUUAACCUGAAAGAAAUUCCUCAAAAUUCGGGCAACAAUACUUUGUAUGUGGAAAGUUUAGUCUCCUUGAAGAUUCCGUGGGAUUAA